AUGUCCUCCGUACCACAAUACCUUCAAGAACGUCUGCAACAGGUCUUUCACGACGCUGUUAAGAAUAAAGAAGACUUCAUCCCCUAUCGCGACCUUGCUCACCUGAUUCGCAGCAAGGUGCUGAGAAGUUCGGUCUCGCGCGCAUCUCCGUUCCGAAAAGCCAUCCGAGUUGCCGUGGCCGAAGAGAUGUUCUUAGGACGUCUAGUCUUGAACCGCCAAUACGCUUCCCCGCGUCUCUAUGUGACCCCUGCUGGGGCUUUAUUCUUCGCCACCUUCCGCCCCUUUGUUCCGUAUGGUCCUGGCCAUGUCUUCCCACAGAGAACUAAUGGCAUAUUUCGCCAAACGGCCAUUGACGAGUACGUCGCGCUCGCGGCCAUCGUUAAGUCUAUUAUGGAGCUACUGGGUACCUCCAACGUCGCUGGUGCCGACAUGAUUACGGUGAAGCGUUUGCCUGAGACGAUUCGUUCUUACUUGGAGUCCCAGAGGGAACUGCGUGCCGACAACGCGAGCCUCGUCACUCGCCUCAAUGUUCUCAACCAUGAAGUAGACGAGCUUCACGUGCAACUCAAUGAAAUGACCGCCACGGACGGCGAUACCUCCGCUGACGACGACCACCGCCCCGCGGUGGAGCGCGAGGCCAGCGUCAUCAGCCUCACCGAUAGCGUCAUCAGCCUUACCGAUAGCGACGUGAGCCUCACGCACUCGGCAGGCGACACUCCCAUCGACAGGGAAAGUCCAAUGGAACUGGAAGACGGCGUCUCCGACUACGAGGGAAGCCUUGCGUACCCGGAAAGCGACAACGCCGACGACAAGGAGGUAGGAGACGGUCGUUCCGUGAAAAGGGGCUAUGCCGUCGAGUACGACGCCGACUACGACGGCUCCGUGGACGGCCAGGAGAGCGUCAUGGCGUACGAAGGCUCCGCGGAGGGGCGGAAGGCCCGCCGUCGUGCCUCCGCGAAGAUUGGCUACGCCGUCGAGUACGACACCGACUACGACGGCUCCGUGGACGACCAGGAGAGCGUCGUCACGUACGAAGGCUCCGCGGAGGGCCGGAGGGCCGGCCGUCGCGCCUCGAAGAUUGGCUACGCUGUCGAGUACGACACCGACCACGAUAGCUCCGUGGACGACCAGGACAGCGUGUUCGAGUACGGCAGCACCGUGGAUGGCCGGGGCACCCCUAUCGACUACGAGCGCUCUGCGGAGGAGUUCAAUCGUCUCUACGAAGGGAUGGAUUUGUAG